ACUAUAAGCGCAUAACCAUUCCAGUUGAAAAUUUCAGUUUUCACAGUAGCAGCGGGAUCUUCACCUUUCAACUAUCACCUUCUCUUCACUACGCUCCGAUACAGAGAUUCAGAUCUCGAUUCGUCAUCACAGUCUCUUCUUCUUCUUCUUCUCAGAAAAUAUUGCAUUCUGCACGAUGUUGCAAUGGAUGGGAGGCUCCAGGCGGAAAGUCACAACGUCAAGGAAGUCUACACAGAAGAGACAAAAGCAAUACUUUGAACAAAGGAAGCGUCAACAACAAAAUCUUCAGAUGAUGGGAUCAGAUAACUGUUCAGAUAGCCCAGGAAUAAGUGGACAAAGCCACAAGGACCAUCGGUCUUUGGACAUUCUUAAUUUGCUUAACUUGUCAAAAAAUUCUCAGAACCGCAAUCCAUUGUGCCCGAAGGGGAGGGAUGAUGGAGAAAUCAGUAUUCCUACCAUGCCAGGCAGUGUCUCAACAAAUCAACCAACUUUAUUUGCCAACGUGGAUGCUACUGUAAAUUCUUGCACAUUUGAAGAAGCAAAAGCAGGAGCACCUUUGUGCUUCCAGAUUGAAACAUCACCAAAGAAGAGUACUCCUGAUCACCAGAAUACUGCUUUUAAUGGACCACCUUGGAAGACAGUAACUGAUCAAUACUCGGAAUUAUCUGUUAUUGAUUUGCUUUGUGAUGAUGAGCCUAACGCUACUAUGGAAAAGUGCCCGACAUGUGAAGAUCAUGUUUCUUUUUCACUUGAAGGUUUGGGUAAAGUUGGAACAGAGACACCAAUUCAUUCGCCGGAACAAAGGGCUAGAAUUUCAUACGGCUACUCUCCAUUGGCGAAGGAUGGAAAGAAAUCAAAAUUAAAGAACCUUAACCAUGUGCUGGAUGGCAUUGAACUUGAAAUGGAUACAAUGAUGCAAGAUAUCAAGGUGUCGCCUACCAAUUCUUCGGACUUCCCAUUUAACAAAGUAAAGCGAAGCUCAGCAGUUAUUCGGGACAAGCAUUUUUAUGACCUUACUAACAAAAAUGGCUCUUCCAUUAGUGAAGACUUUUUCUACAAGACUGAAAAUAGUAAUGAAGAAUUGUGGAAUGCAUGCUCUAGCUUCCUUGAUGAGAAAUUUGACAACGAAAUAGAAUAUGAUAUCCCACGUAAGAAGACUUUGCAAAUGGGUUCUAAAUCUCCGGGAUUAUUGAAAAGUGGGACCUACCAAAUGGAAAUUCAUGCUUUUGAAGAUCUACUUCCAAAGAAAUGGUUUUCAGCAACAGCGAAGGAAGAGAUCGACAUGAGUGAGCCACUGGAUUCAUUCUCCAAAGACGAAUUAGAGAAUGAUUUUGACUUUUAUGUUGCGAGUAGGACAAGAGUAGAUGGGAACUUCAAUGCUCAAAAUUCAAUUCCAGAAGAUGUAAGGGAUAAUUCGAGCUUGCUGAGCGAAGAGUCAAUCUCAUCCGCUGCUGUGAGGGGUGAGUCCAUUGCGCAUUCGCCAUCAAGAAUAGUGACAAGAGAGAACAGAAGAAGACAUAGAAAUGCUUUUCCAAACCCUAGAAAUAAGUGCAGUACCGAGGACGAAAAGUGCAGAAGUAUCCCAAAUCCAUCAAAGCGAAAAUCUUCUCAGUACUCAAACUCUAUUCUCCCGGAAGAGUUUGGUGCACACAACAGUUGGCAGUUUGAGGAAAGAAAUGCUUCAGUUGAUAAGAGUUCUGUUUCCACCUCAUUCUGUCUAGAUUUAGGGGCAGAUUUUGCAGUCUUCGGCUCCAAGAAUAGAAUUGGAGAUCCUUUUAGCGUCUUUACUACCCCUGAAUUACACAACAAGGCCAGUCCUUCCUUUGGUGGAUUGAAAAAUGCAGCACCUCUUGCAGAUUCAAUUCCUUGCAGUUUUACCUCCGAAAAGUUUGCCUUUGAUUGCUCAAUUCCAUUCCCCAAUGUUCGGUCAUGGCCAACAAGCCCAAUAUUAUCUCCAGAUUCUCAGUUCAAAGUAAAGUCUGAAGAUGCUGGUGGUUUUCAUUGUGAGACUUCGUCAACCGAGAUGUCAGUCCGGGGAAGUGUUAGCAAAGGCGAGAGAAAGGUGAAAUUGCAGAAAGACAGAAACGAAAAUUUUGAGCAAGAAGGUAUUUUCACGGAAGAUGAUGAAAUGACCUCAGAAAACAAAAUGGCAGGAGAUGCUCCAUCUUCCAAUAAUAAUCACCCGCAUGAAUGUGAGGCCUCAGAGGACACAAAUAGAAAGACAACACAGUGUCUUGUAACAUCCAACUCUCCUAGUCAUAUGGAGGAGAUAUCAUCGUUACUGAAGAAACCUGACAGACAAGAAAGCUAAGCAGAUAAAAGAAAGAGCAAUUACGACGCUGAAACUCCUCUUAAAUGUAAAAUUACAAAUGAAGAAAUGAGAAUUUGGCAGCCUGAGGGAAGAAACGCGAUGAGUGGAAAACACAAUAACGAUCAAAUUAGCUUGUCAGGUAAGGUGAUGUUUGAAAGCUAUGUCUUUCAGCUUCUGCGUGUUCAAAAGGUAUUGAAGGAGGCGUGUCCAACAUGAAGGAAUAACGCCUUCCUUGGACCUAGUAGCAAUAAAAUUUCUUAUCAGACUUGAUAUUGGAGAACAAAAGAACAUUAGACAAUUUUUCCAAAGUGCAUUUUUAAUACAGAUAAAUUUCUCGG